AAUCCAGACCCACGUCUCUCUCUCUCUCUCUCCGGAAGAAGAGAAGUAGAACGUUCUUUAUCUCUCUCUCUUCUUCUACUUUGAGCGAAAGCAUUUCAAUUUCAGAAAUUUCGACUGUCGUGUUAUUGGUCUGUCAAUUUUGAAGCCCAAAAGGGAUGGCGGCGGUAAAUGGGUACCAAGGAAAUACUCCGGCGGAGACAACGCCGGCAGCCACCGGAUCGAAGCAACCUGCUCCUCCGUCUAAGACCGUCGAUAGCCAAUCCGUUCUCAAAAGGCUGCAAUCUGAACUAAUGGGCUUGAUGAUGGGAGGUGAUCCGGGGAUAUCGGCUUUCCCAGAGGAAGACAACAUUUUCUGCUGGAAAGGAACAAUCACAGGAAGCAAAGAUACUGUGUUUGAAGGAACUGAGUACAGGCUUUCACUCUCUUUCUCUAACGAUUAUCCUUUCAAACCUCCCAAGGUUAAGUUUGAGACAUGCUGCUUCCAUCCCAAUGUGGAUCUCUAUGGCAAUAUUUGCUUGGACAUUCUUCAGGAUAAAUGGUCAUCCGCUUACGAUGUGAGGACGAUAUUACUCUCAAUUCAAAGCCUUCUCGGAGAACCGAACAUCAGCUCACCAUUGAACAAUCAAGCAGCUCAGCUUUGGAGCAACCAAGAAGAGUAUAGGAAGAUGGUUAAGAAGCUCUACAAGCCUUUGAACGCAUGAUUCUCAAACGCCUAUGUAACUGAUUAAAUCUCCCCUGAAUGGAUCAGCCAUAGUAUGAUUUUCCAGAAGAAAUAGUUGCUGCAUUGUAUCAUGUCUCUUUUACUUUGUAAUCUCACUCAAUUUGAGCCAAUAUUAUUAGCAAUUAAAAAAUUCUACUAUCACA